AACGCGCCUUUGUUGUUGGACGGCUGCAAAGCCCCGCUGCCCGUACUCGUCGCAACUAGUUUUCACCAAGAAGACGGCCAGAUAGAGUUCCACCAUGAGCGUGGGUAGUGUUUAACAUCCGUGAAGCAUCCCAAAAGUGGGAUUAGAAGCAAGUCACGUCGGAGAAGAAGUCCCCCUUUUUCUCGAGGAAGUUUGACAGGCGCGAGGAGGGAGGACACAUGUCGUCUGCCGCAGAGACUGUGGAAAAUGCUUCCAUCAUCUCCGAGAGCGGCACCCAUGACGGGAACCGUCUGUGGAUAGGCAACAUCGACCCCAAAAUCACAGAGUAUCACCUGGUGAAGCUGCUGGAGAAGUUUGGGAAUGUCAAGCAGUUUGACUUCCUCUUCCAUAAGUCUGGGCCGCUGGAGGGGCAGCCACGUGGUUACUGCUUUGUCAACUUCAACACCAGAGAGGAGGCCGAAAGGGCCAUCCAGUGCUUGAACGGCAAGCUGGCGUUGUCCAAGAAGCUGGUGGUGCGUUGGGCGCACGCGCAGGUAAGGAGGUUUGAAGGUUUCCGUAACGACAAGACCAUGCCUUCCAGCUUGGAGCCGUCGAGCAGCGGGGCGGCGGCGGACGGAGCGCUGGCGACAAACCACCUCAGUACGAGCGCCAAGAUCCGCGCCAUCGAGGCCAAGCUGCAGAUGAUGGAGGAGAAUCCGGACGAUGAUCUAUCAGGACCGUCUGCCUACGUCUACAACAAGCCUCCCGAGAGGAAGCGCUGGGAGCCCUACUCUAAAUCUCACAGCAGACCCUUCCGCAGGUUUAGGAGAUGACCCCAUCCCCCGCCCGCCAAAUACUGGCUUUUAUUGAGAGACUUUUUGGCCAGCUUGUAUGUGCGAGUGUUUACAGCUGGGGUUGUUUGCAGACAUGCUAGGGGGCGCUAUCACUGCACCUAAACUAGACGAGGGAUAUUGUAGGUACCCACUUCUCAGGCACCCACCCAGUCCUAUGUCAAGUCCGAGCCUGCACUCGCCCGUCACUUCAGCAGCACUGAGAGCAAACUACCUCUCGGCCAGGGGGUGUCCAAAGUGCAGGCCGGGGGGGAAUUUGGGCCUGCGGCUUAUUUUUUAUUGGCCCCCGGCAGAUCGUAAAAAUAAAAUUAAUUUAUUAUUAUUGAAAUAUGUUUGAGGUAGUGCUGUCAAUUAAUUUUCUAAAUCAAAUGAAUCACACUUAAUUUCUUUACAU